UCCCUUCUUUUCAUUCAGCUGCACUAAAUUAAAGCUAGCUAGCUAGCUGAUCCAAGAUAUAUAUGGACGGACGGGAUGGAGUACUCUGAUCUACCAGCAGCUCUCUAAAACAAAAAUUCUUCAUAUUUGAUCACAACUAAUAACACUUGGUUCGAUAGAUCCGGUCGGUCCGGGGAAAUAGAAUGGCGGUUGUAGACAGCGGUGCGAAGACGUCUAGGGAGCUUGAUCAGACACCAACAUGGGCGGUGGCCGGAGUUUGCGCAAUCAUCAUUCUCAUCUCCCUUGCUCUGGAGAAGGGUCUUCAUAAAGUCGGCGCUUGGUUCACAGCAAAGCAAAAGAAAGCUUUGUUUGAAGCGUUAGAGAAGGUGAAAGCAGAAUUGAUGAUUCUGGGAUUUAUUUCGUUGUUGUUGACAUUUAGUCAAUACUACAUAGCCGAUAUAUGCAUUCCAAUUAAGGUGGCCAAUACUCUCUUGCCCUGUCCGCUAAAGCACCUGAAGGUGGCUGCUGCCCCGGCACAAUCCAAGCUCCCUGGCGGCGUUAGGAGGCUUUUCUCGUUAGAACGCCGGAUUCUGGCCGGUGGCAGCAAAGGCGCCGGUUGUAAGAAUGGAAAGGUACCGCUUAUAACGGUGGAUGGGCUGCAUCAGUUGCAUAUAUUGAUAUUUUUUAUGGCGGUUCUUCAUGUUAUAUAUAGCGCAACUACCAUGGGGCUGGGAAGAUUGAAGAUCCGGGGUUGGAAACAGUGGGAGGAGGAGACGUUGUCCCAUGAUUAUGAGGUUACAAACGACCCAUCAAGAUUUAGACUUAGUCAUGAGACUUCUUUUGUGCGCGCCCACACCAGUUAUUGGACUAAAACCCCCAUCUUCUUCUACAUGGGAUGUUUUUUCCGUCAAUUUGUGAAAUCGGUUAGCAAGUCAGACUACCUUACUCUUCGGAAUGGAUUUAUCAGUAUUCAUUUGGCUCCGGGCAGUAAAUUUAACUUCCAAAGAUACAUAAAACGGUCUUUGGAAGAUGAUUUUAAAACAAUUGUUGGCGUAACUCCUUUCCUGUGGGCAACGUUUGUUUUCUUCUUGUUACUCAACAUUGAUGGUUGGCAAACAUUGUUUUGGGCAUCCUUAAUUCCUCCCAUUAUAAUAUUAGGGGUGGGGACUGAGCUUCAAGCAAUAUUAACAAAAAUGGCUCUUGACAUUUCUGAAAGACACGCCGUGGUUCAAGGAAUGCCUCUCGUUGAAGGGUCCGACAAAUACUUCUGGUUUGGGAAGCCACAAUUACUCCUUCAACUAAUCCACUUUGCCUUAUUUCAAAACGCUUUUCAAAUCACUUAUUUCUUGUGGAUUUGGUAUAAGUUUGAGCUCACGUCCUGUUUCCACAACAAUUUUGGCCUCCGAAUCGCAAAAGUCUCUUUUGGAAUUGGAAUCCUAUUCUUCUGCAGCUAUAUCACUCUCCCACUUUAUGCACUUGUAGCUCAGAUGGGGACACAACUAAAGAGAUCAAUAUUUGAUGAGCAUACUUCCAAGGCAUUGGAGAAUUGGCGUAAAGCUGCUACCAAAAAGAAUGAACAAAAUCAUUCUAAGACAAGAAAGUCCGCCACAAUAAAAUUGGGCGCCGCCCUCGAAUCUAUGAGCUCCACUUUGCGUUCUACUACACCUCUACAACGUUUGAGGACCUCCGGUCAUUCAAGUAGUAGUGUAGGCCACUACUCUGGCCUCGAAACUGACCCGUCGAAUCCAAACACUAAUUUUGAUGGAAUAGAAAGUAAAAUCAACGUCGACGAUGAUCAUAUUCACAAUGAUUUCUCUUUCGGAAAGCCAGUCCCAACCCCGUCGUCAAAUUGAUAUAAUCAAUCCUGAUUGUUAUGAUUUAUCUAGUUACUGUUUUACUUAAUUUGAGUUCGGUUUAAAUUACUUAAAUAUUAUAAGCUAGCUAGUAAUUAAGAAAAAAAACACAAUUUAUAAAAUAAUUAAUUAUUUUA